AUGUUUGCCUCGCUGGACCUGGAGCAAAAAGAGCUGAAGAAGCUCUGGAUCGAGUUCGGAAAGAUCGAUACAGACAACGGCGGGACGGUGAGCAUACGAGAGCUGCUCUCUCAUUGCGACCUCGACUUCACGCCCUUCGCAUACCGCCUCUUCGGCAUAUUCGAUGUGGACAAUUCCGGGGCCGUGGACUUCCGAGAAUUCGUGGUAUCGACAUGGAACUGCUGCACCAUGACGGCCGAGAUGGAGGCUAUGCUCCGGGAAGUCUACGGGGAACGUUUUGCCGAUAGCCCUGCCGCGGCCUUGACGCUGAAGCGAGUUAAAGAGCUCUCGUCGUCGAGCGACGCUGGACCAACUAACGAAACGACGAUCCUUGAGUUGGCCAAGAAGGGAGUUCAGGUGGCCCCUGACGGUCGGAUCUACGCCCUCUCGUUCGAGGCGUUCAGGGAAUUUUGCCGUCAGCAUGCCGGGAUGCUACUUCCAGCCUUCACCCUGCAGAAGCGUGUACGGUCCAAGAUCGUGUCGGAAGCGUUCUGGAAGGUGAAGCCGCUCGUGAAUCGAUCCUUGUCUACCUACGGUAGUAGUGUGAGGUGUCUAAUCCCCCCACACCUUUGUCCUGAUUUCCCCUUUGAAAAGGAAUGCGCUGACAGGAGGAAUGGAGUGCGGCAAGAUCGAAAUAGGGGCAAGAGGGAGAACCGCCCACCGCAAAAAUCCAUCCAGCUCGAGCACCUCUCUACAAUGAUGAGCUUGGACGAGAAAAGCGCGACAGGCACCACCACCGACAAUACCCCGGCCCCGAACGGUUCGGCGACGGGCACGGCCAACACAACAGCCCCGGGGAGUGGCUCCGCGCAAACUCCGAAAAAGGCGUUACCCUCCCCUUCCCCCGCUCUGGGCGACGGGAUAAUAGCACCGCCGAAGGCGAGGAAGAGCGGGAGCGGCGGAAACGAUUAUUGCAACAACUCCUCAGGCUCGUCAUCGAAAACGCCUGCGACGGCGGAAAAAAUAGAUGAUGCGGGGGGGUGCAAUACCCCGGAUGGGUCUGGGGAGCAGAUGGAAGGACAGGCUCGGCGUGGAGGGGACGGGGGGCACGAAAAGGGGACAGGGGACGGGGGCGCGCCGAGGAAAAGGAGAUCGGGCUCUAGGGGAGUCGUGGCUGUGGAAGGAGAUGAGGGCAGCGGGGGAGGAAGCGAGAACAAAACCCCUAGAUUUUCAAUGCAGGCGCCCCAAGGCUCGAGGGAGGGGCCCAACGCUCAUCGGGUCAGCGGGACCCCUAGUCACGGAGGCGCUUCGCAACCAGCAACUUUGAGACAAGGGACGCCAACGAACGACCCACCCACAGGAACGUCUGCGACGGACAACGUAGCGAAAACACCACAGCCCCGGCAAACCUACCCGUUGCCAAUUGACGCGGGGGGGCGCGGCACCAGUGCGUGGGCGCGCGGGGGCGGCGAGGAGCCUCUGCUCGGUUGGGGCGGCGUGCCGCCUGGUUUUGCGGGGGGCGUGGGCGAAGAGGAGAGUGCACCAGGGAGACGGCCACCAGACAGACGGCUGAAGAAAGAAUCGCGGGUGGAUUCUCCGUUGGCCGCCGCGGCGCGAGCGGCGGCGGUGUACGAGCUUCCCGCUCUGAGAGAUACGGCCGCCACGAAGCGAAGAAGUCACCAGGCCCGCGACCUGGUUGCCGGCAGCGGGGGGCGUGGAGGGAGACCGGCAUCCGCGGGCGGCAACCACUCUCCCAACGCCCGACAACGUCGGCGGGAGACGGGCCAGGCCGCCGCCGCCGCUAGGGCCGUCGCAGGCGUUGCCGCUUCUGGUGGCCACCAAGCUGGGUCAUCGUCGACAACACCGCACGCUAAUAUUGCCAACGUCUUUCGAGACACGCACGAGCACCAUCAUAGCCUGCGUACUUUUCAUGACCAUAGGACCGUGCCGAAACUCAAACGAGUUACCCACAGCUAG